AUGGGAGCUUAAUGUUGCACUUUACCAACAAAAUUAACUACUCAUGAAAUAGACCUCGAUAGUCAAAAGUUAAGAGGGAGUUCGCACACUCAAACGAAAAGGUGUGUUAUAAAUAAAGAUUAAAAAAGUGAUGAGGAAAUAAUUAUUAAUCAAAAAGAGAAUUAUGAGGAUUUUUAAAUUCUUGGUUCUGCGUCUUUAGAUUUAAGACAGAAUUAUGAUUAAAAUGGUUGUUCGAAUAAAUUGUUUCAUAAAGAAGGAAGUUAAAUUGAAUCAAGUAUUUUAGAUUUUAUCGAAAUAGCAAUCCCAAGAAGUAAGUUUCAAAGGAAAAUAACAAAUUCUUCAGUUGGUUCUGUAAAAUUGGGAGCAGAAGUGUUCAUCAAUCUCAAGGCAGGUAGCAUUCAUAAAUAUUAUGAAACUGGAGAAAUCUUAGGGUAAGGAGCAUAUGGAAAGGUUUGGAAAGUGACGCAUAAAAACACUGGCAUGAUAAGAGCGAUGAAGGAAUUGAAAAAGAAAUCAAUAAUAGUGGAAGAGCAACAAAGACUAUUUGCAGAAAUGAAUAUACUAAAGAAUUUGGAUCAUCCCCAUAUAGUUAAACUAUAUGAAUUAUAUUAAGAUUAGAAUAACUAUUAUCUAAUAACUGAAUAUUUAUAAGGAGGCGAAUUGUUUGAUAGAAUAAAAGAAUUCAAUUAUUUUAGUGAAAGAAAGGCAGCUGAAUUGAUGAGGCAAAUCUUAUCGGCAGUUGUCUAUUGUCAUCAGAGGAGCAUUGUUCACAGAGAUCUUAAACCAGAAAAUGUGUUAUUUGUAAAUGAUACUUAAUUAUCUCCCAUCAAAAUUAUAGAUUUUGGAACUUCGAGGAAAUACGAACAAAAUCAAAAAAUGACCAAAAAAUUAGGGACAGCUUAUUAUAUAGCUCCUGAAGUAUUAAAACAAGAAUAUAAUGAAAAAUGUGAUGUUUGGUCUUGUGGAGUUAUCUUAUACAUACUUUUAUGCGGAUAUCCUCCAUUUACAGGUAAAAAUGAGGAUGAAAUAAUGCAGAAAGUAUGUGAAGGAGAACUAAUUUUUGAGUAAGAGGAUUGGGAAAUGAUAUCCCAGGAGGUUAAGGAUCUAUUAAAAAAUAUGUUAUAAGUUGACCCAAAUAAAAGAUUUUCAGCAUUGGAAGCAUUAUCAGAUCCAUGGAUUAAAAAGAAUUAAUAAAGUACUAAAGUGAAUAAAUCAGCAUUGCAAAAUUUGUAAAAGUUCUAAGCAUAAUCAGUUUUUACUUAAGCUGUUCUUUCAUAUAUAGCUUGUCAAAUGACAUCUUAAUAAGAAUAGGACGAAUUAGCCAAAUCUUUCUAAUUCUUAGAUAAAAAUGGUGAUGGAAUUUUAUCAAGAGAAGAACUAAUAGAAGGUUAUAUUUCUGUUUGUAAAAAUAAACAGUAAGCUAUUUAAGAAGUUGAUAAAAUUUUAUCUAUUGUUGAUAUAAAUCAGAGCGGAUAAGUAGAUUUUUCUGAAUUUUUGAUGGCAGCUAUGAAUUAAGAAAAACUGGUUUCUGUAGAUAAGGUUAGAGCUGCCUUCAAAAUUUUUGAUGCAAAUGAGGAUGGGAAAAUAUCAAAAAAGGAACUUGAAUUAAUGAUUGGAACAAUAGAGGAUGAUAUCUGGUAAUAAAUUCUUAUAGAAUGCGGAGCUCAAGGAGAAAUUACAGAAAAAUAAUUUAUAAACAUUCUUUUGUAUUAAAAACACUGA